UACAAAGCCAGGAAGCGUAUUCCCAGUUCCUCGUUGAAUUCAGCCCAUUGGAUCCGUCCGACGCACAGACCCGCACCACCAUGGCCGACGCGCCCACGAGCUCCGGCGACUCGCCGCCGCCGCCGCCUCCUCCGCAGCCGGAGAACGGUUCCAUCUCCUCCAUGGUCGCCUCCUCUGCCGCCUCCGCGGCGGCCGCGGCCGCAGACUUCACCCGCUGGGCGGAGACCUUCGGCACCGAGAAGGCCGACGCCGCCAAGGCUGCCCUAGCCUCCGCCACCACCUUGGCCACCUCAUCCGCCUCCGCGGCGGCUUCUGCUUCCUCCACGGCUGCGUCCUCCGCCUACGCGGCCGCCUCCGACCUCACCCUCAUCGCGAAGGAAGAGCUGGAAUGGGUGAAGAAGGAGUACUCUGCUCACGAGCAGAUUGUGUUUAGCAAGAUCAAAGAGGGCGUUGUCAUGGCGAUAAUGAAUCCAGGCAUUGCUGCAGGUUCUGCAACCCUUGCAGGGAUUGUCCUUUUCAAAAGGCCAAGGAGCUACCUUAUUCAACGAGUACGGCGCAUGUUUGUUAGCAAGGAGACCCUACUUUCUGGCGUACAAGCUGAAGUGAAUCACAUGCGGCAGACUGUGAAUCUUGUAUCCAAUGAACGUCAAAAACUGUUGGAUAGAGCAGCAACCGCAGAGAAAAGAUUUCAGAAAGGAUGGAAUACACUCAGGGAAGAAGGGCGUUCCAUUCAACAUGAGCUGAGUGAGAUUAGAGAUAUUGAAAACCAUGCAGUAGGUCUGAAGGGAAUUAUUGAUCAGCUUCCCAGAGCACAUGCAUCUGAAUUUCGAUCGGAGAUAUCUGGCCUAGCUUCCCAGGUUAAGAAGGAGAAGCGAGUGCUUAAUGCCGCCCUCACGAAGAUUGUGAAUUACGGUGUCCCCAUCUGACUGCCCCUCCAGCCAGUUGUUCUGAGGGUCCAUUGUAUCAGAUUUUUGUGAAGGAAGGCAGGUUCUAUGGUGAACGCUAUACUGCCCACUUGGUUUCGAGAAAAAUGAGAAAAGAAUAAGUUUUGUCACCCGUGCAGAUUUGUAAUUGUGCUGCUGCUGCUGCUGCUGCCUAAUGUCGCAGAAGCAACAUCAUUGAAACCAGAGUAACAGAUGACAUUUUGCAAUUUUUUUUUGUUUGCCUAUUGACAUGUUCACCGCCAUCAGCUGGCAUAUGUUAUUUCCAACUGCUUGUUGCCAUCUCUAAUGUAUGACAGAGAAAAAAAAAAAGCUUAAUACCUAAAUGUCCGUGAUGUGAAAUGAAAUCUUCGGAAAGUGGAAUGAA